AAUCAUGACGUAUUUGUUUUGGAGUAAAACUGAAAGUAGCCUUGACUUGCAAAAAAAAAUAACAAUAAACAAAUGGCUCUUCCUGGCUUUGAACUUAUUUACUCAAGUGUAGCACAACAAAUCCGAUCUACAGAUGAUGCAGCUAUUGUCGCCAUUCAUUGGAAUUUAAUUUCAAACGGUUUAAAAUGCUGUGGUGCUGGAGAAACUUGGCCAGAAAGACAGGUCCGUAGCCGUGCCGUAGUUUAAAAUUAUUUAUUUACGCAGUAAUAUGUUAAUUAUGUUAGAUGUAGAGUAUUUUUUGUAGAGUCACCAGAGUUAGAGUGGUACUGGUAGUAAGCACAAUACUCAAUAACUAUCUUACUCACGCUUCAUUGUAUUUAGAAAUACCAGUUGUUAUAAUUAAAUAAAUUAGGACCGUCCAACGCUGACAAUAUCAACAUGACUUUAACCAUUUGCUGAAUCAUGAAUGAGCUACUGCCAUAAAGUAGUAAAGGCAAAGGUUGAUAAGUCGCGUGUAUUAUAAUUUGUGUUGAAUUGUUUUUUCUUUGAAUUACCGUGACUGUGGCUUUAGUUUUAACAGGUAUAUAAUGACCAAAGGGACACAGCCACCAACUCAUAUUUACACUAGACUAGAAUUGUUGCAAACUCAUGAUCAUGUUCAAGUGUUGCCAUUAUAUUUAAUCAUUAUACAUUGGCAUCUGUCCAAAUUAAAUUUACAAAUAUACUUGAUACUGGGCACUUUUACACUCAUAAUAUAACCACGUGUGAAGUUUAAUGUAAUUCGUGUAUGCUGCCUAUAAAUCAUUUUAAACCUCAAAGUCAAAGGCAACAGUGAUAUUGUUCUUUUUAGAUAUUUUUAAAGUAUAUUUUUUCAACCAUAAGCAAAGCUGCAGGCUUUAAAUUUUUUCUCAUGAACCAGUUCUAAAAAAUAUUUAGUUAUUUAUUGAAAUAAUCGAAACACCAAAGUAUAAUAUAAAGUAAGAGUAAGUGUAGAACUGGAAACCAGGGCUAGUUAACAAAAACAUGUUUACGUAUAUGUUUUGGUUGUAUCCUUUGCACACUAAUUCCAAGAUCAGUACCCAUCUUAAAGCUACGACACCAAAUUACAUCAAUUAUAAUAAUUUUUGUUAUAAUUCUAUAAAUAUUUAUGACUAAGCUGAAUUGAACUAUUUAUUUGUUAUGAAGUGAUAUAAAAAUUAUCAUUAAAUUUUUAAAAACAAAUAAAGAUAUUUGACAUUGGGUGUGAAUCAGACAAAAUAAUAAGUCAGUGCACAAAUGACAGCUGCUUUAAACUAAGGUUGACCAGAUAUGCCAAAUUAGUUUCUAAAGGUUUCUAAAGUGUAGUCAGCAAAUCAUUGCCUUGGUAGUUAGCUGAAAUUUUAAACUAUUUUUAAAGUACUAGACAUACGCAUUGAUGAUUAACUUUGAAAUCUUCGAGGCAACAACUCUCCAUGUUUCACUUAUCCCAUGGACCUGAAAUCCACUCUUAAGUCUAGAAUAGGAACACACUUUAUUCUUUCAAAGUUUUGGUGAACUUUCAAUUUCAUUUUCUGAGCUUUAUGUAGUUAAAAUAUAUUUAUUUAUACUUCUUCAUAAAAUUUUUAAAAAAUUGAAUCAAGGGAAGCACUUUAUUACCUCAAAUUUUGAAUUAUUUUUCCAGUUAGUAACUUAAAAUUAAAAAAAUUAAAAAAUAAAAAGUCUGAUAGAGAAAUUGUUAAAGAUUCUGCCAUGUAAAAAUCCUCAGCUUUUAUAAGAAUUUUUUUUUCAAUUUGCAGAAUGAAAACUACACAGGAUCUGAGACGCUGCCACCUGGAUGGAACAGUGAUGACAGCAUUUAUGCACUUCGUUAUGUUGACCCUACAAGUAACAGAACAUAUCUAAUGAAAGCAUUGGCAAUAGAUGGAGCUCUCAUAUUACAUUUGUUGGUAUGGAAAAUAGCUUUCAAAUAAAGACAAAAUGAAAUUUAAAAAGAAAAAAAUUAAUACUGAGUUAAAUAAGCAUUUAAAUCAGUCCGUGAUUACAAAUGGGGUUUGUUAAAUUCAACAUUGCUAACUCUCCAAUAACUUAUUUUACCAGCUCUAAUUUCUGAAUAUGAGAAACCGUCUCUAAAGAAUUAUUUUUAUUACAUUAAAAAAACUAUUUGGGUUUGAUAAAAAUUUAUUUAGCUUUUUAGGCCUAAAGCAGUAAAUAAUUUUGUGAAGCUUUAUCAAAAGAGUGAAUAAUGGGAAAAUGAUUUUUUUUUUCUUCAGAGAUCUUUUGAUGAGAAAACAGUAAGCACUACAAUCAGAAGUCGAGAUUUUGUGAAUGAAGACAGGUCCAAUGUUACUAGGUAAUCAUAUUAAAACAUAAAGUGACAAAAUGAAUUAAUUUUAUCUUAAAAGAAUACACUGACUUAAAAAACAAUACAAUAUCCCUAUAAACUAACAAAAUAAGCAAGUGUAACUAAUUUUAAUUUGGCAAUGAGUAUCACAAAUUAUCAAUUUGUCAUAAUUCAGCAUUUAAAAGAAAAUGCAUCAGAUAUGAAUUUGUAAUAUUUAUUUGAUCAGCUAAAAUUUUAGAAAUAUGUCUUGUUUUUAAAAAUGAAUCUUAAUACUAAAAAAUAUGUUAAAUUGGAAAGAGCAGGGAAUCAUCAAAAUUCAAUAUUUUAAAAAUUAACUACUUUGCCACUGAACCUCAGAUCUAUAGAGAUAGCAGAACACAGUAUGCAGCUAAACAUAAUGCAAAAUUUUUUAAAAACAAUUUUUAAAUAUAAAAGCUUUACAAUUUUGAAAUUAUGUCCUUAAAUCAUUGUAUCUGCAAUUACAAUACUAAUAGUGUAACACUUGCAUAAAUAUAUAACCUUACACAUUUUAAGUUAUAUAAUAUUUUUUCUGUAAAUAAUGUUUACAUUUUUUUCAUAGUGCAUUUAACAAUUUGAAGGAACUUAAUGGAACAGUUACAAAAGAAUUGUAUGCUAAAGUUAUGGAUGCCAACAAGCAACAAAGUACAGAACGGAGAUCUGACUCCAGUACAUCACAGAAUCAAUCUGGAAGAUCCCCUCUGAUGGAAGAUCCAAGACGUGGAAACUCUUCCGGGGGAAUUGGGUUUAUCCCACCCAGACAACCAAUGAGGUAAAUUAUUCACCAUUGAAACAUCUUAAAAGGAAUUGGUUGAUGUUGACAUCUCUACCAUUCAUCAGUUUCCCUCAUUAGAUUUUCCCAUUAAUGGUAAUUUAGAAUUGAAAAAAAAAUCUAACAUUUUGUAAACUUGAUGCACAUAUGCACUCUAGUUUUAUUUAAUUUUUUUUUUUACUUUCCAUUUCUAGUUAGUUUAGCAAAUGAAAUAUACAUUUCUACCAGCUUUCAAUGUCUACUAUUUUAAAAAGGGAACACAAAAGUUCAAUAUUUUUUUUCUUUUGGGGUAAUAAAAUGUUUGUUCCAUUUUUAAAAGAAAAUCGUAGUAUAUUUCUUCUUCUAUAUUUUGAGGGCCCACGAUCAAUGAAUUGAUCAUUCUGGCUCCUAUGUUUCAGAGGGGUUCGCGAUGUUACUGUGCAUGGUUUUCAAGGGGAUACUUCACUGGUUGCAAGGGCUACUCAGUGAUGGUGUUAUGAACUGGGGGUUGGAAGACAGGAGGCAAUAGACACAAAUGUGUCAAGUGUAGUCGCCUCAACUGUUGCUUUUGGAAGCUUGUUCCAGUCCGUUAUUGUCUUUGGCAGGAAUGAGGAGCCCCUGUAUUGAGUUCUUGUUUUGUUAGCCGAAACUGCACAUCGUGGACUCAUUGCUGUCUAGGGUGGAGAUGGACGAGUUUCUGUUUGAUGCUGGAGCAGUGGAUCAGCCCAUUUUUGAUCUUGUACAACAUGGAGAGCCUGGAUAGUCUUCGUCGCUCUUCCAAUGGUGACCAGCCCAGUGUUUCUAGCAUGCUGCCAACACUUAAGGUGUUUCUGUAGUGGUUAAGUACAAAGCGUGCGGCCCGACGCUGGACCGCCUCCAACCUGUCGACGCUUUUCUGGGUAAAUGGGUCCCAGACUGUAGAUGCAUACUCUAAAAGCGGCAGGACAAAGGCUUUAUAGGCUUUUUCUUUCACGCUUGAGUUUCUGAUCUUUAGAUUUCGCCUUAGGAACCCCAGGUUCUUGUUUGCCCGGUUGCACACAUCAUUAUUGUGCUCGUUCCCAGCGGACCUCUCUUUGAAUGGUAACACCCACAGCUCUUCUGUUGCCGCAUUAUGCUGAAUCUCCUGCAUGUGUCAGCUCAGCUCUGUUGUUGCACUUCUCAGGCUAUCCCAGUCUGCCUUGGCAUAAAUGGGGAUUUCUCGCACAGUCUGCUUCUUUUUUAGUGGGCUGACCUGAAAUUCGCUGUAUGGUAUGCAGUGGUCUAAUAUUUAAAAAGUUUUCUAUUAUUACAGUAACAUAAGCAAUUAAUUAAUUAUAUAAAUUGAUUGUGUGUGUAUGCGUUAUAGAGUUCACAAAGUUAAAAUGCUUCAAUUUAAUUUUUUUCAUUAACUUAAAAAAAGUAUGAAAACUAACAUUUCAAUUUUUUUUUUUAAAAACUCUUAUGGAUACAGACCAGACUUUAAUGACCCAUUUAGUGUGGGACGGGCUGACCUAGAUCCACUGGGUGGUGGAUUUGGUGGUGGUAUGUUCAUGGAUCCUCGUAACUUUACAAGUCCAGGUGGCUUUCGACCUGGUGGUUCAAUGGGUGUCCAACCUCCAGGAUUUCCACCGUAAGUAUUUACACUUGUGAUAGUUAAUUUUAAAAAAAACCGAAUAGCUUUAGUGUUAAUUAACCAAUUUUCAUAUAACUUAACCAUCUUUGAAGAAAUAAAUAUAAAGACAUUGAUUUUUUAAUUAAUUUUUUAAAACAAUAUUUAGUAAAUAAAUUCUUGUAAAAUUUAUAUUUGCCAUUCAUUCCACAUGUGAUAUUGGGUUACCGGAAAUUAGAUCGAAAGAAAUUUUGUCAACUGUAAAUUGAUUGACGGUAAUUUGAAAGAACGUAAAUUUGGUCAAAUCUUUUUUUCGGUUCACAUGUUAAAAUUUUCAUCAAAUUUCUUUUUGAACGCACUAUACUAUACAGUAAAACAAAAUAAUGCGUUCAAAAAUAAAUUUGAAGAAAAAAUUUAAAUAUUAAAAACUAAAAAAAAGAUUCAAACAAAUUUCCAGAUACGAUGAUAUUGAGGUAGCAACAAAAUUAAAGAGAUUUAUAUAAAAUUAAGCUUGUGGAAAUUGCUUUUGUAAGCAGAAGCUUGAAUCAAAAGUUAAAGAUUAAUUGAAACUAGUAAUACUCAAACCCAAUGAUCUUGUCGAGAGCUCAUUUUUGGGGGAUUUUCUAUAAAUGUAUUUUAUAAGUAAGUCCAAUAGAAAAUGAUACUUUAGGCUCUAAUUCUAAUUUUUUCAAUGAACACAUUUCUCACAGUGGUUCUAUUCCCCCUGGUGCAAGAUUUGACCCAGUUGGCCCAGCAGGAAUGAGACCAAUGUAAGUUUCAUAUUUAAUGUUGAGACUGAUGUAAAAAAGAAUUACACUUGGCACUUUAGUGAUAAUGUCACGUAAAGGUGACAUUUUAUGUAAGGAUAUUAAAGAAAUGUUUUUAUAAAACUAUGACAUUCCUUCCAGGCCAGAUCCAGAUCAUGAGAGGCCCCCUGACGGUUUUGAUGACAUGUUUAUGUGAUGAACAUCAGAUUCUGUCCGUGACUAGUGGACUGAUUGUAACUAUGGUUCAAUGAAGAUUUGUCAAUAUAAACUUUUGGGAAAAUGGUAGCUUAUUUUCUAAUCCAUAUACAAAAACAUAAUCGAGAUUGAAACAAAAAAAAAAUUUUUGGCGGGGUGAGGGGGGUGGUGUCUUAAUACUUGUGCAUAUACUAAAUAUUUGAAAAUCAAAGGCACAAUUUUUUUUCUUUUACUAUAAGAUGGCAUUGUAUGAACGUUCUGGGAUGUAAGCAAAGUUAUUGAACCACAAUGCACUGUUGUUAUUGAUUUGUUUUUUUUAAAUACUUUUUAUUUCAUCCAAGUUUAAUAAAUACUGAUUGAAUUUUAAAUUUGUUUUAGCACUGUGUGUUUUGUAUUUUUUCAAUUGAGAAUUUAGAAUAUUAGUAGAAUAUUAAAAAUAUGUUAAAUACUAUUUAUGUAAGCUCAUCCUCAAGUCCAAAAUCUAAGUAGUAAAUUUAAAAACCACAUUGAAGAAAUAUGUAAACUCAAGACAAAUAUAAUAUUUGUUUAUUUUCAUUCAGCAUCAGUUCAAUCCUUAAAGCAUUCAAGAAAACCUGUAAAAUUUUGUAUGGACUGUAAAAUUAUAAAAUUUAGCACUAAAACUUGGUACAACAUAUUGUCAGAUUGCAUUAUUUGUCAUGUACGAGUGCUCCUGCUAGAUCUAAAUAUGAAUAAUCAAGAUGUAACUCCUAAACCAUUUAAAAUUCAUACCUAAUGAUUUUAAACUUCCUGUAAACUAAUUUGGUAAAACAAAAUUAUUUUGUCCAGAGUUAAAAUGACACCAAUCUUGAAAAAAUCAAUAAUUUGAAGAAAAAUAAAAUGUAGAAGGGCAUAAAAUAACUGGCAUGCUAUUAUUAUAAAAAAAGUAGAAAUCUGACUAAAUAAACUGAUAUGCUAUAGAAAAGUUGAAUAUAAAACUGCAUGGAAAUGUAUCAAUUAUUAUGAAUAAGCACAGAGUGACUUUUAAAAUUAUUACUAUAUGUGACAGGAAUUCCAUUGCUUAAUAUUAGUUCGGUUGCUCAAAUUUAUCACUUGUUCAAAUUUUUCACUAACAUUUUUAACAUUUUCCGGAUAUCACUGAUAUUGUCAGUUAAGAAAACAUUUUAUGUUUCAUAUAAUAAAAAUGGUUAAUAUAGUAAAACUUUAAAGAUAUAUUUCAUUCUAGAAAUCAAGUGGGCAAGAAAUGUAUGAAUUGAGGUGUUUUUUAUGAUUUGAUCAAAGCUGUUAUGUCAGAUAAAAAUCAAGCACAAAACAAUAUAGCACAGAUGAACUCCAUCUAAACAAAUUUUGUUAAGCUAUCAAUAAAUCCAAAAUUGCAGACGUAGGAAGGAUUUGUGAAUAAAAUUAUUUUUUAAAAUGUAACAAUGAGUACACAGUGUAAGAUCCAUGUUAUUUUUACAUCAAUAAUUAAACAAGUCAGUCAUUUAUACAAUUGACAUAUUUCAAAUGAGUUUUAACCUGAAUAACAUGUACAAGAAAGUGCCAAUAAAAGUAAAAAAAUCCUUUGUGUAAAAAUGUAUACAUAUAAAAUAAAAGACUAAACUAAGCUAAAAUACAAAUAAAAAAUAAUACAUAAAAAAGGGUACUAAAAAGCAUAGAUCUUUUGUGUUUUUUCUUCUUUAUGUAGAUUAAGUUAUAAAUUUAUUAAGGCAUGUAUAAAUAUUGAGGGAAAUCUUUACCUUUAUGCUUGAAACAUACAGUAAAAAUAACCAACCACUCAAAAUUGUGUCCAAGGAAAUCCUUUAAUGGAAAUAGAGAAUUUACGGCACUUCAAAAAAAAAAAGCAAGCCAGUGCUUGAAAAAAAAAGUCAGCUUGUGUCCAGAGUUAGCAGUUAGUCAAUUACAAUAAAAUUACUGGUUGGCUGUCAUACAGAGUUGCAUGAGAUAAAUUUAAACAUCAUGCUCUCAUGUAACCUUAUAUAUUUACAGUAUCAAAAACAUGAUUCACUUUGCGGCAAAGAAUUUUUUUUAAUUAACAAACAAACAGAAAACAAUUAUUCUUGUCAUUUAUAAUACCUGAGACCAGAGUAUGGUAUAAUAAUGUCACAACACUUCACAACCCGUGUGAGAUGAGACUUAAGUAAAAUGAUGUCCUAACACUUCAUAACCAAUGUGGUGUUAGUCCCGAUCAUACAAGUUUUUCGAUGUCCCAAAUGUAACAAAAAUUAAUGAAGAAAAUAUGUUUACCUUAUAAAAAAAUAAAAUAAAUUUUUGUGCAUGGAAAUUAAAGACGCUUUUUUCAAGAGUUCCUCUUAGUUAGAGAUAUUUUUUACCCUAA